AUGAGUUCAGGUAAGCGUAAUGCCGUCACUGGCAAGCUCUCCAGUAGGGUGAUGAACAUGAAAUUUAUGAAGCAUGCUGAACAGGUAGAAGAACAGAAGGAAGAAAUUGAAAAUACAAAGAAACUUGUAGACUCAUCGGAAUGGCAAAUUGAAACGAAUGAGAAACUAUUGAAGAGGCUGCAUAGUCGGGCCAAAGUUGUAGAGCAUGUUGGGUUUUCUGCUCUAAGGACCCUAAGCGAAAGCACUGAUAAUAACAGUGGUAACAGCGACUCUACUACACUUAAAAAAGUGGUCAAUCCAGGACGAAGAGUUUUUGGCAGUAAGAUAUCGCCGGUAAUACAAGAUACAGCAAAUUCUGAUAACAGUGACAAGAAGAGAAGCCUCGGUGACGAGGAUGAAGACAUACAGACAGCAGAGUUGGAAAAGCUUUGGGAAGCAGAAUCACAGAACAAAAAGAGGUCUGCAAAUGGUAAGAAAAAUAAGAAACAGAAAAAGAGCUCUAAAUGA